AUGAAAUCUAUAUCAUUACACAAAAGACUAUCAAGGAAAAGUAAAACGGGAGACUUGUCCAAGCUCAGGACACCCAAAAUCAGGAUCAAAAGUACUCGUCCUAACACAAGAAAAUGUGUCAGGAUCCAGACUCUUGAUUUUGCAGCCAUGAGUCCGAAGCAGACAACCUCCGGUGAUAAUAGCCAAUACCAGUUCCAGAAUCACCAAGACAAGAUCUCAAACUCCAUCUUCUACAGCACUCCGAAGCACAGACAAAGGAAGCUUACUCCAAAAAGGAACACUUCUUCGGAGUUCCUCCCCUUCGUCUCCAUUUCGAGUGAGAAAACUAAGAGAUGGGAGAGGAUCUCUAAAGUGAUUGAAAAAGAAUUCACUAACCAGCAAGAAAAAGUCAGGCUUGGGUACAGACAGUUCCAAAAGUACAAAAGGAUGGAGAAGAGGAAUCUUCCGUUCCUUAAUACCAAAUACUAUAACGGCAUCAGUACCCUUGUCGUCUAAGCCUGCAGACCUGUUGAAGACAGGAGGAGUUAAUCUUAAUAUUUUUAUACACACAUCUAAGCUUCUAAAACCGUUAUC